AUCAACUCGAACUGGCGGGCCAAGACAUCUGUAAUGAUCUAACGUCGUAUAUAAAGAUUACCCGUGCUACGUCAACUUCAAUCACUUGAAAAAUUGGUUCGCUUCCACCAUACUAGGACAAACCAUAAACAAAACCAUUUGAAGAGGGUAGACACCACUAAGUUAACCGGAGAACAUUGAUAAUCAGCUCAAGUGAGCAUUCAGAUAUUAAUUAUUUUUAGGGAGCGAUCUCGUAUUCAAAUCAAAAUGGUUGCUGGUUGUGGACCAAAGAUUGCCAAGUGUUUCUUGUUCGUCUUGAACAUCUGUCUCUGGAUUUGCAGCAUUGCCCUGAUUGGUGGAGGGGCUUACGUGACCGCCAAUUACAAUGACUACGUGGACCUCUUCGCCGAUGACACGAUUCUGGUCGUCUCAUGGAGCGCCAUUGGUAUCGGUCUCUUCAUUUUCGUCGUCGGAUUCUCCGGAUGUUGCGGCGCCCUCAGCGAGAGCUCGUGUCUUCUUAAAAUGUAUUUCAUGUUUGUUCUUAUCAUCGUUCUUGCUGAAUUUGCAUUGGGAAUUCUCACGUUUGUCUACAGUAGUGACAUUGAAGAAAGUUUGAUGGAAGGCAUGCAGAAGACAAUAAACGAGACCUAUAAUGAUAAAGAGGGCGCUACCGAUGCCGUGGAUGACAUUCAGACAUUGUUUGAAUGCUGCGGUGCAUCAGGAUACGAAGAUUACAUGUACUCACAGUAUCUUGAUGUUGGUCUUGCUGUGCCCAAAUCAUGCUGUUAUAAGAACAGCACUGGAACUGCUAACUGCACCGGAGGGGCCAAAGGUCAACCUACGUACCCUGACCUUGUCUGGAAAGAUGGCUGUGUUAGUGCAUCGAAGGAAACGAUCGAAAGUCACUACAUCAUCAUCGGAGCUGUAGCAUUUGGUUUUAUUGUUUUUGAGAUCCUGACGAUGGUCUUUGCUUGCUGUGUCAUAAGUGGAAUCGGCAAUUCAGGAUACGACAAAUAUGCGUAAAGGGCUCCAUUCUUAUCAAUGCUUCUCACAAAAACAUUCACAAAUAUGCGUGGUUUCAGGAGGAUGAUGGGAGAGGUCAGCUUAUAUCAAGGUGAAAAUCAUUCUCCGGGUUUCCACUGUCCACAUCAGUGGCAUUCGAGAACAUAUGAAAUCUGGCAUUUCUGAAAACAGUGAUUUGCAGGCAAUUUUAUAUGAAUACCUUAUCAUGAAACGAAAGAAAUAGGGACCAUGGCGCAAUAGUUAUUCCGAAAUUUAACUGAAUGAUUAAGGUCUUAUAGGAAUAACCACUUACCGGGCAUGAUGAUAGAACAUAUUGACACAUAAAAGAGUCAGUUCACCUCUAAACGGUUUACACAAUAAUAGGAACAAGAAUGAGAAAAAUUUAAUGGUUACUUUGAGCUUACAGGAAAUUCGGUGAAUUAUUGUCAAGAAAUGUAAAUAUUUAUCUGUAAGUGCUGACUGAGUUAUUUGUUUUAAUUCAAUCCAUUUUUUCUAAUCUUUACACAUUUCCUAAGCUUUGUUGGGGGUGUCACAAAUAGGCAGUCAUAUUACUAUGUUGUCAAUGAUAACGAAAAACAUCGGUUUUUCUGUAAAUACUUGUAUAAGGUGAAAGUUGUGAAUAAGUGU